GAUCUGCAGCCGUAGUUCCCCUCCCCCAGGGGGCGCCCGGACCUGAGCGGGAUUGGAACCCAAAGGGAAAAUAAAGGAAAAUACAGCAGUUCUGAUAUGGCAGAGGUGAAGUCAAUGUUCCGCGAAGUCCUUCCCAAGCAAGGGCAGUUGUCUGUGGAAGAUGUGGCUACUAUGGUGCUGUGCAAACCCAAACUUCUGCCGCUAAAAUCUCUGACUCUUGAAAAAUUAGAGAAAAUGCAGCAAACAGCACAAGAAACUAUUCGCCAACAGGAAAUGGCAGAAAAGGAACAGCACCAAACAAACCAAUGAAUGAUUUAUUCAUCAAUUUUUGUUACUUUUACUUGCUGUAAUAAGUUUUUCGAAACAAUUCACAUUUGUUUGCUAAAGCUGUAAUUUAUAUUAAAGCUAAAAUUCAUUCAAAAUAAGUGGAUAAGUAGAAGAUCAUCAAAACAACAUAAUGAAUUUAAGCUUUUAUAAUUCCUAUUUUAGACUGUGGUCCAACUUUCACUUUGGCCAUAUUUUAUUUUAAUCUUUAGUACUGUUUCUGAAUUCUAAGUUCUACCACAAGAUUGCUAUUUGUCUAGGUGUUGUUCAGCAUUCUAUUUUUAGCAGUUUUAGAGAUCCAACAACCCAUAAAGUAUGUAAUUAACUUCAUGGAAAUUCUACACAUUGGCCUUUUGCAUGCUAUAUCAAGACUAAAAAUGAAGUUUUUUUUUUAAGUGUUUCGAGUGUGCAUAUUUGUUUUUCAAUGGAGAGUGUUGGGGAGAGAAAAGAAAUACUUAAAAAACAGAAUUAUGAAGAUACUACAUAAGCAUAUACAUACAUACACACAUAUUAUGUACAUGAACACAUACACACACAUAUAUAUAUUUGAAAAUACAUUAAAAUCACAUAAAAAAUAAGCUAAAUUUCUCUUUAAGGAUUCACCUGGGAAUCUGAAGAAGAGGAAGAACCUGAAUAGAUUUGUGAAAAAAGAUUUCAUGGUAGACUGCUUUUACUUUCAGAUGAUAAAAACCACCUAUAUUGUACACAAUGUUUUCAAAAAGAAGCCAUAGCCAAUCUUUCUUGGCCAGCAGGAGCAAAAUAAAUGUAGCAAUAUUCCUGAACAAUAAAA